GUCGUAGAUUCAUGUAGCGAAAGGUAAGCCAUGAAUACGGCACGAGUAGUUUAGACAAAGACAUGGACGAAGUGUAAGUAGAACAUUUUCAUAAAGAUUUUCAUCAUACUCAGUCUCAUAGAGUCUCUAUCUAAGUGUCAUAAACAAAUGGAACAUUGUAACCUCCCAAAGGUAUCAUUCUGUCCAACCUCGCGCCUCGGCGCGGGUGCGUAUCUGGCGUCCCCAGCCGAUCUGACCGAACGGUCUCUGUCCUCGUUCUGUGCAACUUGUGACCAUAUCAAAUCGAUCCACGUGCGUUGUUUGAGUAAAGUUCAAGAGAUCGAAUUACUCGAUCCCCAACAUGAGAAUCAUCAUUCAGUGACCACGAACAAAGUCGUUGAUCUGGCGAAGCAAGUACACCGGUGCAUGCGCCUCCUCGGUCUCAACGUUCAGCGAGUAGUUCAAUUGUGCGCGCUUGUUUGCACGGUGCGUGAAGCUCAAGGCGUGGUUGAUUUGCUGAAGGAGGUGGGCGGCAGGAGGUGCGGCGGCGGUGAUAGGCUCUGCAGUGUCAUAGUCGGAGCUGUGGAACGCCUUGUUGAUCUGCUGGAGCAAGUGUGCGGCAGGAGGCGCGGAGGCCGUGAUCUCCUCGGCAGCAGACUUGUCGGUAUGGAAAAAGGUGUUGAUGUUACGGAGAAGAUCGAUAGCUGGGGGCGCGAGUUCCGCCUCAACUUCUGGUUCCGUAGCAGCGGGAGCGACCUCAGGCUCGACAACCUCAAUGCUCUGGCGACGGGACACAGCGGGAGUGUCCAUUGGCGUGGGGGCUUGAGUGAGACCAGGGGUUGGCAUGAUGGAGUCUACGGCAAUAGCGGUGUGGCGCUUGAUGGAUGGUACACCGAGGGCUUGGUCGCGGGAAAUGGAUUUAGUGAUUGCAUCGUGAACCUGUUGAAGGAACAGGGGCGAUGCGUCAGGAGCGGUCUUGACUUUUGAGAGGUCCAUGGAUGUGCGAGGGCUGUUUUCAAACAUGGAAUCUGUGAUGACCCGGGUAAGGGCGAGAGGAGAUUGGACGGCGGCCAUUGUAUGUAA